AUGGAUUUGGGUCGUGACAUGGCCAUAUCACAUCUUGGCGCUAUCAAGUCAGACCACACUCCCAUUCUCUUAGACUCUCGUCCCACUGACUCCUUUGCUCAUCGGCCUUUCCGCUUUGAAGCUGCUUGGACUAGAGACCCAAGAUGUUAUGAAGUCAUUGACAAUGCUUGGAGUGUCGAAGCCAAUGGCUCUGAGUUAAUAAUAUUGUGCAAAAGGCAGGAGGCCACAAGAUCAGCUCUUAGGAAAUGGAACAAAGAGGUUUUCGAGAAGUGUCAAGACAAGAUUAGCACCAUCCUUCGUGAGGUAAAAUUGAUCCAAGAUAGGGACAGCUCUGAUAAUAAUGGUUCUAACGAAAGCAAACUACAAGCUAAGCUUUCAGAGUGGCUUAUUAGAAGCGAAAUUUUUUGGCGCCAAAAAUCCAAGGAACUGUGGUUGAAACAUGGUGAUAAAAACUCCAAAUUCUUCCAUUUGUCUACUAUCAUUCAAAGGAGGAGAAAUAACAUUGAUGCUAUUAAAGCAAAAAAUGGUUCUUGCAUAUACCACUGGCCUAUUGUUGGAGAGACUGUGACAAAAGCUGUUACGUCUUUCUUUGUUUAUGGUGUCAUGCCCAAAGAAGUCAACAACUCCCUAAUUGUUUUGAUCCCAAAGUCUCAAUGUCCAAUAUCCUUCAACAAUUUCAAACCAAUAAGCCUAUGCAACGUUGUGUAUAAGGUUAUUUCCAAACUGCUGAUGGCCAAACUCAGACCUUUACUUCACAAGAUUAUCUCACCUUGCCAAUCUACUUUCCUACGUGGAAGAUGGAUCAUUGAGAAUCAAGUGUUGGUCCAAGAAUUGUUGCAUAGCUUUAAAACAAGGAAGGUAAAGGCUGGUCUCAUGGCUGUAAAACUAGAUUUACAGAAGGCCUAUGAUAGGUGA